GACCUGGAAACCUUGAAGAAACAAGUUAUAUUGUAAGGCUCCUAAAGACUGCUUCUAAUAAUUGGUCAGAUGAUAAAGCGAUUAAAUCAGCAUUAUAUAAUGGUAGGAAAUACCUUAUUGAACAUCUUGAUGAAUCAAUGAUGGAUCAAGGAUAUUUUUAUACAAAGCAACCUUUUUUGUGGAUUGGAAAACAAUAUUAUACCGUUCCAAAAGUUAUCAAAUCAUCUAUACUUGUAUCCCUUUGGGAUGAUUAA